AUGGCCAGGCGAUAUGAUAGCCGAACAACCAUCUUCUCACCAGAAGGUCGGCUAUACCAAAUCGAAUAUGCAAUGGAAGCCAUCUCGCACGCCGGUACCGUCCUCGGUGUCCUAGCAAAAGACGGGGUAGUUCUCGCAGCUGAGAAGAAAGUAACAGGAAAACUGCUUGAUCUGUCUAGUGCGAAAGAUGGGGGGUACGGUGGGAGUGGAGAGAAGAUUUAUUUGCUCAAUUCGAACGUGAUAGGCGGUGUAGCAGGCCUAACGGCUGAUGCGAACUCACUCAUCAAUUUCGCGAGGACGGCGGCGCAGAGUCAUUUGUUGACGUACAAUGAGGACAUCCCAGUUGAGUUGCUCGCGCAAAGGCUAUGUGAUAUGAAGCAGGGGUAUACUCAGUUCGGUGGUCUCCGCCCAUUCGGCGUCUCCCUGCUCUACGCAGGCUAUGAUCCGCAUUACCACUUCCAGCUCUACCACUCCGACCCGUCGGGUAACUACUCAGGCUGGAAAGCAACCUGCAUCGGCGCGAACAACGGCACGGCGCAGAGCCUGCUCAAGCAGGAGUAUAAAGACGACAUUGAGGUGAAGGACGCCAUUGGCCUGGUGUUAAGGACGAUGAGCAAAACGAUGGAUAGUACGACGCUGGGCAGCGAGAAGUUGGAGUUUGCAGUGUUGACGUUGGAUGAGGUGACGAAGCAGCCCAAGGCGAAGAUAUACAAGCCUGCGGAGAUCAAUGCGCUGUUGCUUGCGGAGGGGUUGGAGAUGAAAGCUUGA